GCUGGGAGAGAGCCGUGAUAUCGAAGGUUGGACUUGAAGACAGUUUUCUUGAGCUGAGUUUUUCUUCACACAGUUUAGCAAUGACAUCGAUAGAUGUAUGAAAUAUAAUGAUUGGAUUACUGGGGUUGGAUUUCUUUGGUUUAGUUUUGGGGGUCGUCACGCACUUGCCAGCAGUCAGAGUAGAAACGUUAGAUCCCAGUUUUGACGUCCCGAUCACCAAUGUAACAGCCAUAGCAGGAGAGACGGUAACACUGCCAUGUUCUAUAAAAGACCUCCAGGAGUACAAGGUGAUGUGGCUAGACCACCGACUGAAAACUCUUACGCUGGAGACGAGAAGGAUAAUAGCAGACGAGAGAAUAACCAUAGAACGACCUCACAUCAGCGACUGGAACUUAUUUAUUCACGGGGUGGAACUCUCUGACGCGGGAAAAUACAUGUGUCAGAUUAACACCGUCCCGGUCAAAAUCAAAUAUGUAGUGCUGUCUGUUCAUGAACCUCCCACAAUUAUACCCGAGCUUUCUAGUCCACAUAAAGUUACUGCCAAAGAAGGGGACACAAUUCAGCUCGUCUGUAACGUGACUGGUGUUCCUACACCGACAGUCACGUGGUACAGCAGAAACCAUGACAACAUGAAAGUGGUGGGGUAUGAUGGAAUGGUGCUACAGAUACGAAACAUAAGCCGGUAUUGUGAUGAUUUGUACAAGUGUACUGCAAAUAAUAGCGUCCAACCACCCGCCAGCAGAAAAAUAACAGUAACAGUACAGUUUCCACCAGAGAUACAUUUGACAAACAGAAAAAUUAAGCAACGACUUGGAAAAGAGACAAUUUUAGAUUGCAAAGUGACAGCAAACCCACAAGUGUACAGUGCUUGGACAAAAGACGGCAUUCCUAUACAAAACGAUGAAAAGUUCAAAAUUGACCUUUAUGAAGAAUAUAAAAAUACAGUGAUACUUAGCUUAAAGAUAUCAGAUAUUCAGGAAUCCGACUUUGGAGCGUAUCGCUGUGAAGCACAGAAUGAGCUUGGUCGAGAUUACCAAGAUACUUUUCUCUAUGAGCUGAAGCCCCCUACUCCGGCCCCCAGCACGCCAAGAACUACCAGCAGGACUACGACAACCAUACAUCAGUAUGUCUUCACGUGGGCUUCCGGUUUUGUUCCCAUGACACCCAGGACGGAAUAUCAAAGCAAGGAUCGAUUGCGAACACACCCGCUUGCACCAAUAAAGAAACCACAAGGUACCAAUGGGCAACAAGGAUGCAUUUCACCUAUGCGGAAUAAUCUUCAUGUGGUCGGAUUACUUACGACUGUGUAUUUGUUGAUAAGGUGAACACGUCUACCUGUUGACAACAAUUGAUUCUGACUAAAAUUGACAGCUCAAAGAAUAAAAGGUCCAAAAAGUCAACUUCUGGUCUCCAAGAACUAAAAGAAUAAUGACCCUUGAGAUGUGAAUUUUGGAAAGGAAUUAACAACCAGAAUCAAAGAGUCUGUGAUUCGUAACUUUAAUUUUUUCAUUACUAAGAAAUCAGACUAUGAUAUGCAGUGUGGCGUUUGAUGUUUUUUUGAUUGUUGAGUAUGUCUAGAGAAAAUGUCAUGGGAUAUGCUUGCAUAAUGAAAAACUCUGUGUGGUAUAUUUUUAUCAGAAGAGAUUACCAAGAUAUUCUUACCAUGUGCAAUGUGAAUGUUCACACAUAAGAUGCAAAAAAGAUUCUUUUUAAUAUUUAUAUCAAAUUGACAUAACUACAGUACAUAUAUCUAUUACUAAUUAAAGUAAUAAAUCUACUACAUGUAAAUUAACUGCAUUUUACAUUUUUAGCCCCCAAAUAAUUUACUGAAAUAAAAUAAAAAUCCUGUGGUUAAUCUGGCUAAUUGAUGGAGGAAAUCCAGCUACAGUGUAUUUUAUACACAGCUUUCCAGGGGGAAAGAUAGAUCUUCUCUAUAUAGAAAUAUGCUAUAAACAUGAGGUCAUUUUUCAAGUCUGAAAGAUAGCUAUAAAGUCGGUGGUCUAAACAUUGAUUUUGAUAUUUGAUAAUUGAAUUUCUGAAGAGUAACAGGUUAACUUUAUACGCACAUAAAUUUGUAAUUGAGUAAUAUCAUCAUUAGUCUCCACAUGUCAAUAGUUUUCGUUAUAAAUUAAAAUAAUAUUGAUGAC